UCUCACUUCCCCUUAGCCCUUUUCAACCUGAAUUCUGUUUCUCCCAUUUCUCUUUUUACUUCGCUUCCUCUGCUUGCUUCUUCGAUUCAUUUCAUACAAAUUCUCAACUGUUUUCCUUUAAUCGCAGAAUUUUGAUUAAGCUCAUCCAAAUUGUUAAAGGCUGAAAAUCCCCUGUUUCGUUGUUUCCGAUGGAAAACAGUUGUGGUAUUGUUAAAACUGAUGAAUUGAUGGAACUCCCUCCCGGAUUUCGAUUCCAUCCCACUGAUGAAGAGCUGAUCACUCAUUAUCUCUGCAGAAAGGCAAUCGACGGAAGCUUUUCCGCCGUAGCUAUCGGCGAGGUUGAUAUGAACAAGGUUGAGCCCUGGGAAUUGCCUUGGAGAGCGAAAUUGGGAGAAAAUGAGUGGUAUUUUUUCUGCAUGAGGGACAAGAAAUACCCGACCGGGCUGCGGACGAACAGAGCCACCGCCGCUGGCUACUGGAAGGCCACCGGAAAAGAUACACAGAUUUUUCGCGGGAAAAUCCUCAUCGGGAUGAAGAAAACCCUAGUUUUCUACCGCGGGAGAGCUCCCAAGGGCAGCAAAUCCGAUUGGGUGUGCCACGAAUACAGAUUGGAAGGCAAUUUCACUGUCGAUAAAUCAACCAAGAACGAUUGGGUGAUCAGCAGGGUGUUUCAAAAGGCAAGUGGAGGGAAAAAGGUACAUAUUUCCGGUCUGGUUAGGAUGGGCUCUGCCGCCGCCGCGCUGCCGCCGCUGAUGGAGACGGAAUCUGGCCACGUGCACUGCUUCUCCAACACCGAUGUUGUUCGUGCUCCGAUCAACGAUGAUUUUUCAAUUCCCUCCUCGAUUCCGUGGGGGCAAUUGGCCUCGGUGCCGGAUCCGGCCUUUCUCCGGCAUUUUCUCGCUAGCUAUGGACGCAGCUUGUCGCAGGAGACUGCGUUGAGUGGUGAGAACUCCUCUGGCGUCUCGAAUCUCGACGCCGGAAAGAGGCCGUUUGAGGAACAGGAGAGUGCAGUUGAGCCUCAGGAUUUGGAAUGCAUUUGGGGUUACUCAUCACUUCAGAUUUAACAAAUUAUCGGAGCAUAUUAUUAUUUUUAGGGUAAAAGGAUUAUACGUUUACCUAAAUAUGUUCUAUCAUGUUGAUAUUUAUCGUUCAUUACCCAUCGCUUUAUUUUUUAGAAUAAAAUGACAUGUAAAAUUAAGCAUUCCAAAUGAUGGAACAAAAUCAACCAUUUUGUAAUUUUAAGCAGUUUUUAUGUAAUAUACUUGUAUUAACAAGAUAGUGAA